GUCCAGCCAGUGUGAAUCAACGGCUGAUAUCCCGAAACCCGGUACCGGGUACCGCCAAGUCGUCGAAGUCAUGUCAACAACGAGAUCAGAUCAUACUUAAGCCAACGAUCAACGACUGCAACCCAAAGUGUAUAGAGUCACGCAAUAGCCUGACAUCGCCAUGUCGUCCCAAUCAACCCAAGGGGCGAACAGCACUUCAAUUCCCUCCACCCUACUUACAUCAGGACCUCCAUAUUUUCCCCUGUUUGCUAUUCUUGGCGAGCAUCCCACUGUCAAAGUUGAUGACCCUAUUGGUGCCAUCAUUCUGUUCUUCUUCAUCGUCGCCGCUAUCUUCAAUGUCACCAUUUACUUGCGCAACGCGUUCCGAUCACACCACUUCUUCACGUCGUUUUUGCUGUUUAUCUUUUGCAUGGCUCGCGUCAUUGCCAAUAUACUGCGCAUUUCCUGGGCCUCACGCCUGUACAACGUCAAAAUCAUCAUUGCCUACCAGGUAUUUCUCAACGCCGGAGUCGUGAUGCUCUUUGUCAUCAAUCUCUUUCUUACUCAACGCCUCUUUCGCGCCUACCACCCGCAUAUUGGAUGGAGCAAACCAAUGACGAUAGGUUUCAAGGUACUCUACGCCAGUAUCACUGCUGACAUCACCAUGGUCAUUGUCGCACUCGUGUACAGUUUCUUCACCCGCGAUCUUGCCAAGCUCUCCAAGGUGCGCGAUGUUCAACGGACUGGUGCCACAUACUUCGCCGUGGUUGCAUUUCUACCCUUACCUAUCACCGCCCUCUGCGUUUUACUUCCGCGCAAAGGUGACAUUGAAAAGUUUGGUCAAGGGCGAAUGCGCACGAAGGUGCGAUUGAUCGUCUUUGCAGCGGUGUUGCUGUCUAUAGGCGCUGGAUUCCGGGCUGGUAUCGCUCUAAUGGGGCCACGCCUCUCAACAAACCCAGCUUGGUACCAUCGCAAGGCCUGCUUCUAUGUUUUCACCUACGCAAUAGAGCUUGUCGUUGUUUACACAUACAUACUAUUCCGGAUAGACCGCCGCUUCCACGUUCCCGAUGGCAGCAGUGGUCCAGGUCAUUACUCGGCGAGCGUUGGAUCCACUACCUUCAAUCCCGAGCUCUCUAGUGUCAACACCGAGGUUCCGGUAACGGGGAAUGGGGAACAAUCACAGGCGAAGCAAGUGCGGAGUGAUGAGGAAUUAGAAUCGAAGGCGUGCUGAGGUUCGGAGCUUAAUGGCUAGACACUUGUGCUUUAUUAGUCCCAUACGGAACCUUUAGACCGGAUGAUAAAGAUGUUUCAGGUUCAAUGUUAUUUACCCGAAUCUGGAAGUCAACUUGUAUAAGUUGCGCCCGGAUUGCUUUCCCGCUUC